AUAAUAGACGUCUUUUUAUACCAAUGUUUUUUCUUUUGUUUUAAUAAAAUGUUGAACUUACGAACACGUAUUAAUCAGCUACCGUGAACUUUCAUCAAUAUUUUAUUUAUUCGUUACUUACUGUCUUAGAAAUAAUUAAAAUAAUGGCAAACUCGAACACAAAUUCGUUUCAUAUUUUAUCUGAAAAACUUAAUUCAAAAUAUAAUAAAAAUUCGGACUCUAAUUCGACCGUAAAAGAAUGUUUGCAAUAUCAAUUAUUAACACCAUUCCAAACACUCGUUUGGGAAUUGAAAAAUACUGUAAUGAAAAGUUAUUGGAAUAAAGAAGUUGGAAAAACUCAUUAUUUAGUACCGCAUUUACCAAUCGGUAUGGAUCCCCUAAAAACAACUUUCGGAAAAAAAUUUAAAUCUGAGGCAACAAUGGCGGAUUUAAUUAAUCCUCCCAAAAUUGACAGAAAACUAAUAAUGCGCACAGAUGUUAAUUUCUGUAGAUUUAAAGAAAUAAGUCAAGAAGAUGAAGGAACACAAAUUACUAGAAAUUAUAAUUGUCACUUUAACAAAUAUACAUAUUUCGGAAAAAAGAAUAAUGCUGAUGUAGAAGGAUCUCGAAUUAAAAAGAUUAUACAAGACAAAGAUUAUAAUGCUACUACGUUAGUCAAUUAUAUUCAAGCAGAUUUUUUAAAAGACACACAACUUCUUCUUGGACAAAUAAAGUAAUGUAAAUAAUAUAAUUAUUAUAGUAAAAUUAAUAAUCGAAUAUAAUAUAAAGUCAACAAAAGAAAUCAUUGAAAUUUCUGAAGAAAUCCGAUAAAAAAAUGUUUAUCUCCAUCAACUAUAUAUGGUAAACCCUCGGCAAAACAAAUAGAUUCAGUAGCUGAUGCACUACAAGAAUCACCUAUAGACAAAACGUUACUCUUCAAAUGGAAAUAUUUACAAUAUCUGCGUAGCUUACGUAAUAAUCUUAAAAAACGUAUUCCAUAUAUCGAUUACUUCGAUAUUUAUGAAAAUUUGGCUUCUUUGGACGAAGAACAUUUUUCCAGGGAUAUUUUUUAAUAUACAUAUUCACCUUCUCUUUUCUUUUUUUUCUCUAUACCUUCUCCAUUUAGAUUAAGAAAUUUCUUUUCUUUUCACCACAAUAGAAAUAAGAGAAAUUUUCAUGUCAACCUAUACUGUUAUUUUCAGAAACAUACUGGUAUCCUAACAGAAGAAGAUCUAUUUACAAUUUUAGGGAACUAUAAUAUCCAUCCCGAAAGACAACUAUUUGAACCAUAAUAGAAGAGAAAUUUUUAUGUCAACCUUUACUGUUAUUUUCAGGAACAUACUGGUAUCCUAACAGAAGAAGAUGUAUUUACAAUUUUAGGGAACUAUAAUAUCCAUCCCAAAAGACAACUAUUUGAAGCAUUGUUAGAUCUUUUAGGAUUACGACAAAAUGGAAAACUUCUUUAUAAUGAUGUAGUGGAUCUUCUAAAUUGGAAAUGUCCAUUUCCCACAUUACCGAUAACAAAAAAAAGUAAAGAAGAUAUGUCAUCUCUACAUGAAAAUGAAAAUAAAUCUUACAUAACUCCAACUAAAUAUCAUUUUUGUAAUGAAAAAUCAUAUGCAAAGAUUGAUAAUGCUUAUGCUUUAAUUUUUCCCAAUAUUUUUACAAAAUAUGGCUUGGAUCAUAUAGAUUUUUUCAAGCUUCGAAGUAAACAUGAAAUACGAAGUAUAUUUGAAAAUAUUGGAAUUACAUUUCCUGAUAACACUUUUGAUAUACUCUGGGAGAAAGCAAUUCAAAAAGACGGUGCUGAGGGUGUAUGUGUUGAUACAUUUAAUUCUUUGUUAGAUGUAUCUACAGAUGGAACUCAUAAAAAUGUCAAAUAUUAAAUAUAUUAAUAAUAACAAUAAAUAAAAUACUUGUAGAAAAUAAAGUUACAAAAAACUUGGGUAAACAAAAUUUAAUAA